UCCCGGCUGUUUUUUAUCCCAGCUCUACUGCACCAUGGGCAGCCUCAAGACCGGCCACUGGCCCCUGAUCCUGGUUCACAUGCUUCUGCCGCAGCUUCAGUGCGGAAAGGUGCAGGGAAUUGAUCUUGUGUCCCAGAAACUACGACGGCUCAACGAACAGUUCCAGCAGUUCCAGGCGCUGACCCAGGCCCGUUUGGACAUGUUGGCCCUGAACCAGAACAGGAACUCCUCACCGGGGCUGGAGAGCCGCGUUCAAGAUCUGAAUGACCAUUACCACCACAUGUCACAGGACCUUGAGCACCUAAAGCAGAGCACAACGCAGGAGAUAGAGGGUCUCAGGGAGUGGAGUAGGAAGCUUGAGAAAAAGAGUAAGCGGAUGGAGGGUCGUCUGGCUUUGAUGGAGAGGAACCUGAGGGAGAACCGCCGUCAGAGAGAGAAGCUUGAUCUUGGUCAGGACUUCUCCAACCUUACCCUGGAGCUCCAGAGCCAGGAGGAAAGGCUGGCUGCCCUUCAAGCCCAGCGUGAUGAGCUGUUAAUGGGGCUGAAGGGGUUGCAGGAAUCCCUGAAAAACCAGGUGCUGCGUGUAACCCGACUCGAGGGACAGCUCGGUGAGGUCCUGCAGUGGAAUGGAGCAGGGAACAUCAGGAGUUCUGUGAGGGUGGGAGAACCUCUCAGCUCCAACAUCACACCACAAGAGUACUAUGAAACACGCAGGAGAGCCCAGACCCACAGAGGAGGGAGGCCUGGAAGGAUUCUGGGUGGACAUACACAACCCAGACCAGAAGGAAGCAGUCAAGCCAAGACUGAUCAACCAAGACUGGAUCAAUACCACGCAACAAACCGGCCGAAACAUUCAAAGGCCCAGAGGUCAAGACCUCGGCCGGACUCUCCUCCACAGAUACAAGACCAAUAUCCAAACCCUAAACCCCAGUCCACAGAUUACCUGCCCCAGCCUGAUGCGUACCGCUCUCAGUCACAGAUCCAGAUGCGGGCCCAGACGUGGCCUCACCCGAUCCAGCAGGAACAGCUCCAGUCUCACCAGUCUGUGUCUUCUCGUCAUGCCCAGAUCCAGCCCCAGGACCAACAACCACUCAAGCCUCAGUUACAACCUCAGAGACACCCCCAGUUAGACAACCCCAAUUAUUCCUCUUGGCCCCAGCCCCCGUCCCAGGCUCAAACUCAUCCUGGACCCACCAAAGACAGGCAGAGCAGGACCAGACUAGGGGCUCCUGAGCCCCAGGCCUCAGAUGUUCUCCCUCAUCCCCAGUCUGAGUCUUAUCAGCCCAGGGCUAGCAGGUUGAAAAGCCAAGAUGAGGACGUAAGCGACACCAAGGUAGAGACUUCAGUGAUCCAUAACUUCCUCCAGCUUCCUGUGAGGCACAAGAUCCCAGCAAGGCCAGUUCCUAAAAAGGAUGCAACCAUCUGUAACGUGGACUCCAUGCUGUUUUUCCCCUCUGCAUCAGCGGAGAACUAUGUCACCUUUGCUCUGACUCUCCCUGACCUUCCUGAACUUUCUGUGUGUCUGUGGCUCCGUGUGGAGGCCUCACAUGUUGGCACACUGCUCUCCUAUGCCACAGAUGACAAUGACAACCAGUUAGUUUUGUAUGGGCGUAACUCCUCUGCCUCAUCUACGUCCUUCUCUGCUUCUUCUUCAUCUUCCCACCCCUCCUACUCCUCUUCUCCAUUCGCACCGGAUUCCUACCGUUCUGCUUUUUCGCCCUCUCUGGACUUUGUCAUUGGAGACCCUGUAUAUCGCCGUCUCCCCACAUCAUUACUUCUGGACUCUCGCUGGCACCACCUCUGCGUCCUCUGGUCCUCCAUCCAGGGUCGUUUCUGGCACUACAGUGACCGUCGUCUCACCUCAUCAGGCUCCAACUUCAGGAAGGGCUGGGAGAUUCCAGGAGGUGGAUCUGUGGUGCUGGGGCAGGAGCAGGACUCUGUUGGUGGAGGGUUUGACGCCUCAGAGGGUUUUGCAGGGCAGGUAGCAGGGUUCAGGGUAUGGAACCGGGUGCUGAGCCCACCGGAGGUUGAAGGGGUGGCAGAUGGGAGAGGUGUGCCCAGAGGGGUGGUGCUCGACAUGGAGGAUAUAAAGGAGGUUCAUGGGGAGGUGCAGCAGGUGGCAUGUGAAUGUUUGGAGCACUGUGUCUGAUAAAGUUUUGGAGGAGGAUUCAAAUGAAGAGGCAAAAUAAAAAUAACUUUUAUUUUAGAUUUUAUUCUAUUUUUUAUAUUUGAGUCCUCGGAUGAGCAUGCACCACAAGUGCACUCUCAUUGGACUUAAAGACAGAGCAAAAACAUCUUUACUCACCUGGACAAAAAACUCCAGCAUGCUAUAAGCUUGUAUUCAUAACACCAGCAAUUCACAAUAAAGAAUUAUUAACAGGGCAGUGUCUUGCUCAGGGAUACUUUAUGGGGUAAAAACUGGGAUUGGAGCAACUGGGCAACGCUUAAGUUCACAUUGAUUUAUGUGCAAUAAUAAGCUUAAUUUAAUUCACAGGCCAACUGAUAAACAUUACAACGGAUCCUAGAAUGAUACCUAUUAGUAAGAUAAAAUUGUGCUUGUAACUGUGAUGUGUAAGUCCAUUACUUUCAUGUGAAAACGAUGCUGCACUUUGUUUCUUGCCUGUUCUUGAAUUUGAACUUUUGAUAGUCACUGUAUGACUACAGACAGAGAUACAGCGCCUGUUUGUUGUCUUUUGGAUUGUUAGUAAAAGCUCAUGUUUAUAUGAAUAAACUUAA